GGGCGGUGGACGCGCAGAGCUCACACCAUGGCUGCUGCAGUGGGCUGUGUGAUUCUGAGCUCACUUUUUCCUCUCGCUGGUCCCAAACCCGGAGCCGUCACUUCAGACUUCUUCCUGAAGGUCUGACCCCGUUCUGUGCUGCGGAGCGGGGAAACACGACGCCUGUGUGGAAUCAGGAAGUUUGCGUGUUUUUUUUUUUUUUGUUUUUGAGCAGGAUGCCGACACUCUACAAAGCUCUAAGUAUUAAAGCUGCACAGUCCAAGUCUGGUUUGGAGGAUGGAAGUGCCUCAGUGCCACAGUGCCUGAUUCAGAAUGUCCUACUGGUGUGUUAAAGGGGCUCUGGAGCCUGGGCCGUCCGCAGUGAAGAUGCAGCAGGACAGUCCAGGGGAGGACAAGGAACCCCCUCCUGCCUCAGAGCCGGAGCACGGGUCCACACUGGUUGCCUCUGUCACAUUAGAGAAGAUCCGCUCCACAUACGAGUCCGGAGAACGGGAAGAGGCCCAGGAGUUGGUCCAGCAGGCCUGCUGUCAGGAGUGCAGUGCAGGAGAGCCUCGCAUUGAUGGGGUGGAUCUGCUGUGUCUUGCUGUGGAGCAUGAGGACCAUGAAAGCGCCCGGUACUUGCUGAAGGAGGCCCAUGUCUCAGUCCCUGUGGAUUCCACAGACGACCACCCUGCUCUGGUCGCAGGGCGCCAUGGACAUAUGGGGCUGGUCAGGCUGCUGCUCGACUCUCUGCCCCAAACUCAGCCCGUGCCCUCUGUCCCCGCCCAGAACACGUCUCCUGUUUGUCCACACUCCAGGCGCGAUGGGCGGUGGACGCGCAGAGCUCACACCAUGGCUGCUGCAGUGGGCUGUGUGAUUCUGAGCUCACUUUUUCCUCUCGCUGGUCCCAAACCCGGAGCCGUCACUUCAGACUUCUUCCUGAAGGUCUGA